UCAUCACUCCCUUUUUCUACUCACUGUGCUCCUCCGAAACUUUCUCAUCGAUUCUCUCAACCUCAACAAAAAGAUUAUAUUCUCUCCUUCCGAUCUAGAAAAAAAAAGAAAGAGAUGGCCGGUGGUCGUGGAUCUUCGAAAUCAACUGCGCCCAAGGCGAGGAAGAGAGUGGAAGCUGAAUCCAAACCCGAAACCACUAACAAUAACAACAUCAAUACCUUGCUUCGCGCCAAAGAUGGCAGCGCCUUUGCUAAAUGUGAAGGAUGCAACAAGAACGUAGCUGUGGCGCUUAUCAGUAUGCACGAUUGUAGCCUCGACGCUAAAAUUCGAGUCAAUCUCGAAGCACAAGUUGUUGAGACACAAACCGAGGCUAAGAAGAAACCUGUUGAGAGGAAGAAGUCAACAUCUGAUGAACCUAAGGCAAAGAGACUCAGGAAGGCCAAGGAUGAUAGUAAGAAGAAGAGCUCCUCUUCCUCUAACAAGCCCAAGCGACCUCUCACUGCCUUCUUCAUCUUCAUGGCUGAUUUCCGCAAAACUUUCAAAGAAGAGAAUCCUGACGCUGGCGUUAAGGAUGUUGCAAAGCAGGGUGGUGAAAAGUGGAAGUCUUUGGAUGAGGAAGAGAAGAAAGUUUAUUUGGAUAAAGCUGCUGAACUAAAGGCAGAGUAUAACAAGUCACUUGAGAGCAGCAACGAUGCUGAUGAGGAAGAAGCUGAUGAUGCUGAUGAGAAACAGUCUGAUGAGGCUGAGGAGAAGCAAGCUGAUGAUGAGGAGGCUAAGGAGAAUGAAGCUGAGAAGAAAGAGGCUGAAGGUAAAGAAGAGGAAGAUGAGAUUUUGGAUGACUACUAGAUAUGUUUAAAUCUUUCUUUGGUUUAAUCUCCAAUGAAAUGGAUUCAACUCUUUAUCCUGUGAUGGUGCAUUGUAAAUUUUCAACUUUCAUUAGUUAUCUUAAGAUGGUUGUGUGAGCAGCAUGUGAGGUUUUUGUAGUUCACUCUUUUUUUGUUUAGACAAGUAUUGAAGAUUAAUGUUUUUAGUUUCA